AUGGGUACACGAUUCUUCAUCAGCAUGGUAAGCCUUUUUUAUGACCUUGCGGUUAAGACAGUGGAGCUUCACACGCGACGGGUCGUGCUCGACUUGAGGUGGUCAUGCAAUAGUGCUACCAUUUGCUCUAACAUGGGAUCCCUCAUGGCCCGAGGCAUGGGCUCUAGUGAUAGACUGUCCAGGCUCAUCACUUUCGUGUCAGGGGACAAGUUGAAGUCCUUGAGCGAGAGAGAAAAUCAGCAGUCAAAGAGGAGAAAGAAGAAGUCCGGAGCUGACGAAUUCGUCGAGGCCAUUGCCAGAAUUGCUGUUGCGCAGGUCUGUGAGAGCCUAGGGUUUCAAAGCUUUCAACAGUCUGCACUAGACAGUCUCACAGAUGUAGGGGUCAGAUACAUUAGAGAAAUUGGGAAAACGGCAAGUUUCAAUGCCAACUUAGCAAAUAGGAGCGAAUGCAAUGUGUUUGAUGUUAUUCAGGGAUUGGAGGAUCUCGGCCUAGCUCAGGGUUUUUCAGGGGCUUCGGAUGUUAACCACUCGCUUUCGGGGUCUGGAGUAAUUAAGGAUAUCAUUAGUUAUGUUGGCCAAGCAGAUGAAAUCCCGUCUGCAUAUCUGAACCCAAUUUUCCCUGUAGUUAAAGAAAGGAUAUUAAACCCUAGUUAUCCCCAGGCCGGGGUUAAUCCGCCUAAUCAUAUACCCACUUGGCUGCCGAAUUUUCCUGCUCCCCAGACAUAUUCUAGUUUAAGUUCGGGGAAUGAGAAAGACUUGGAGACAGCAGCUGUAGACGAAAUUCAGCCGGUUGAGAGGCCUAUGUUCAAAUUUCAGCAUAAAUUAGUUUCUAAUGGGUUAAAAUCCUGUGUAGUGGACGAUGGGGAUGCUUCAAAGUCUCAACGAGCAGAAGAGAGUAAUCCAUUCCUUGCACCUCCUUGGCCACAUGGUGAAAAGGAAAUAUCUUUGCCUGUUCUUCCAUCUAAAUUUUUGGAUGAUAUUGCUGAUUAUCGUAAAAAUAGCGAAGCUUUUGAGAAAAAUCUUACAUCUUCGGAACCAACAGCGAAGCCCCAUGCUUCUAUGCGGAGUGGCUCUUGUGAACCUGAGAACAGUACAGAAAUUCUGUUGAAUAGAAGGCUUGAGUUACAAUUUAAAUUCGGAAAUAUCAAGAAGCCCUUGAGAAUGAUGACAGAUCCCCAGAAUGAGAGCACUCGAAAACUUUCUGUUUGGUUUGGUGAUGAUUGUGAGGAAACAGCAUGAUGAAAAGGGGGGUGGAUAAAAUUGUUUGUCAAGAUGCAGAAUUUCAACUAGAAACGCCUGACUUGUAAAUUAGGUCUCUACUUGAUUAGGGACUGUAUAAUUUGUUUUUUAUGGAGCUAGCAACUGAUGCUUCUUCCUGAUUAGUCAUAGUUGAAGAGCUACAAUUUUUCUGUAUACGGGCAUUUUAGACUUCCAAAGGAGUCCAUUCUUAAGGUGUUAGUUGGCAGUUACCUUUGUGAACCCUCGUUAUUGAUGAUAUUUUUUGGCAAUUGAAUUAAUUAACUCUUUAGUUUCUAGUUUUA